UUUUUUUUUUUUUUUUUUUUUCAUUCUCAUUGAAGCGUACCUAGCCUCAUUCGCUUCACUUCGCCACAAGGGUAGCAGCAUUUACCUCUAGAGUGGCUCGUGAUCCAUCGCUUCUCCCUGCUCGAUAUAUUAUGUAUACCUCCGUCGCUCCUCGCCUCCCCGUCCUGUUCCCUCCGCCCUCGAUGCGGGCACACGUUCGUCUCGAAACCAGCCCUUGGGGCAGAUUUUCCCCGGUGCCGUGUUUUGAGAAUCCCAGCUUCAACCCCCCUCAGCCGCCUCCAGCCCUCACAACAUGGCCGCGGACGAUCGCGGGCCGGAGCUCGCCGCCGUCACGAUGACGUUUCUCGGGCUGUCAGUCGUGGUGGUGGCCCUUCGAUGCUACGUUAAAAAGUGCCUCCUGAAGAGCUUCCGAGCAGAAGACGGCUUAGCCGUCGCGACCAUGGCCUGCUUCAUACUGUAUUCAACUCUCGUCAUGUUGAGCAUCCGCCACGGGGCCGGCAAACGUAUCGGUGACGUCCCCCGCGAAAAUAUUCCCGAACUUCUGAAGAUGCGAUGGGCCGGAGAGCUGGUCUACGUGGCGACGUCGCUCCUGCUCAAGUUCACCGUCGCACUCUUCCUCCUGCGCAUCUGCUCGCGGCGGUGGCAGCGGGUGGUGAUCUACACGGUGCUGGGCGUGUGCUUCGUCUUCCACGUCUUUUACAUCUUCAUCGUCGCCUUCCAGUGCCAGCCGCUGGCGUACUUCUGGAUGCGGCACACGGGGCUCAUGGAGGGGCGGUGCGUGGACGCCGAGUUGAUCGAGGGCUCGACGUACGCCGCAACCGCGAUCAACGCCGUCGCCGACUGGGUGCUCGGGCUGCUACCCAUCGCGCUCGUAUGGCACCUCGAGCUGUCCCGGAGGUCGAAGGUGCUAGUCGCCUUCAUCCUAGCGCUCGGAUCUGUCGCGUCGGCGGCGACGGUCGUCCGCAUCCCGUUCGUGUGGCAGCUAACACACGACAGGGACUACACGUACGAGUUCGCUGACAUGGCCAUCUGGUCGACGGUGGAGAACGGGCUGGGCCUAACGGCGUCAUCGAUCGCAACAUUCCGCCCGCUGUUCCGCAAGGUGCGCGAGAGCACGCGGACCGGGACCGGCGCCGCGUCGCAGCGGUGCUCGUCGGAGCAGUGGUCAGCAGAGCAGUGGUCGUCGGAGCGGUGGUCGUCGGAAAGGUGGUCGUCGGAAAGGUGGUCGUCGCAGCGGUGGCCGUCGCAACGGUGGUCGGAGCCGGUGGUGGCAGUGGUGGCAGUGGGAGGCGCGCACUCGAGGACGGCGAGCGAGACGAGCAACCCGUACCAGCACUACCGGAUGGCAGACCACCGAUACUCGUUAAGGGCACCGGAGCGGACUAAGGUGACGCCGAAGCGGCACGGGUAGGGAAGGGCACGUAGAGGGUAGAUGGGUAGAUAUAUACCAGGCCUACGGGUUUAGGUGAAUCAGAUCCAAGUCCACGUUCGGACGGCCUAGCCUAGGCCAGCGGGGUUCUCGUCUUCCGAUGUGCAUCUGAGCGCGCGAGAGCUGGGGCGUGUGCUGCGAUAGCAAGACGGUGGGUACGUAAGAAGAGGUAGGAUUGUAGACACUUGAGUCACCUACGUGUGGCGCGAUGCCGUGCCGUGUGGUAUCGCAUCGUGUCGUACAUAAUGGCCCGGCUGCUACUAGGUAUUACUACGGUAGGGUAGGUAAGUAAUUAGAUCCUAGACGAGCUAGGUAUAAAAUAUGUUAGAGAGGCCGUAGACUCAUCGAAAUUGUUUCAUCAGACUGGACGGCUUCUCGACGAGAUCCCUUGCCCGCGCGCCUGGCACCUGGAGUGCGCUCGUAGGCAGUAGAUCGGUGAUUCAAGGUAGGUAGAGGGCCUGCUCCGGUGUCGCGUCUGCCGCGACGUGCAGUUGAAUAUG